AUGCUAAAAGCGAAUUUAAUGAUGAUCAGUGGUGAUAUGUCUAUGUGGAAUGUUUUAAACGAUGGCAUGUAUCAUAUGGAUUACAAUGAGACACAGAAUUUUGGUAUGCCUGUAUCAGCGAAUCUAUGGCCAGGGGAACAUAGUAAUCCGCAUACAUCUUACACAUCAAUGGACGACGUCUGGCCUUCAUCACAUUCAUAUUUUCUUCCUUCAUCUCAUCAAUAUCAAACAACCUAUAUCACACAGCAGCACCCACAACAACUAGGAUCUUCAAUUGAGCUACCACAACAACAACACUGUCUCACAUCCAUACCACAACAAUCGACAACGAUGGACGAUGGUAGUAGCUCUAUUAACUCAAUUAACAUUAAUAGUUACCAAGAUUAUUACUCUCCAUUAUAUUAUAAUCAAUUCUCAACGUAUCAAACGCCAAUAUCUCCAGCGCUAUCAACAAUCGUACAAAAACCGUUGAAUGAAUUAGAUUCCACGAGUUACAAUUCGACAUCAAAUAGCUCAUCUACAGUACCAUGGAAAUCUUUCUCAAAGAUACGAAGUACAGAUGUGAAACAACCGUGUCAGGUCUGUGGUGAUGAGUCGAGUGGUUAUCAUUUUGGCGCAUUCACUUGUGAAAGUUGUAAAGCUUUUUAUCGAAGAGUUUUACAUGGUACUCAAGACAUUAAACAUUCUUGUGAAUCACCUCAGGAUAUAAAUAAGUCGAAUCGCAAAGAUUGUCGAGCUUGUCGAUAUGAAAAAUGUGCACGAGUGGGAAUGUCGACAACAAACAAACGUUUACCGAGAAAAAUGAAACAGAUUAAUAGUGGUUAUAUCACUAACACGAUCAAUAAUGCAAAUUCUCAUCAACAUCCAACACACGAAGGUAAUGAUUCUCAAAUCGAUGAGAAUAAUUGUUCACACAUUAUUCAUUUAUUCGAUUGGCUUGGAAAUUGGUUUAAAAAUGGUCAACAACAGCAACAAUCAACAUAUAAUUAUAGUGAUUAUUCGUUAUUUGAUGUUAUCGAAACCGUGUUGAACGCUUUAGAUAUAACCCAAGCAAGAGCAAAAAUUUGUGCUGACGUUUAUUAUUAUGAUUUAUACAAAUUAUGUGAAUAUCAUAUACGAAAAAUGGCGUCAACAAAUCUUGUUUAUAAUUUUCUUACAGCAAAUCAUUCAUUUACGGUGAUUCUAUUUUUAUUUAUCAUACUAUUUAAUAUGGAUUUUGUAACGUCAUCAACAUUGUCCAAAUCUUCCUCAGCAAUUAUAACAACAACAACAACAAAAAUGGAUAAAUUAUUUAAAAUUUUACAUCAUGAAAUUGGUAACAAAUGCCAAGAUAAACGAACAUUUAACAUUGUCAAAGCAUUAUUUAUGAAAUCUUAUGUUGAAGUGGCUACGAGAACCGGUGAAGAAACACAAUACAGUAACAACAAUAGUAAUAAUGUUGAGGUUAAUCAUAGAAUUCUAUGA